AAUAAAUAACAGAGUGGGUCUGUGAAUGAGAGAGUUAAUGAAUGAAUGAAUGAAUAAGAGAUGUAAAUAACAGAGAAACUGAAAAUGGACUUGACAUUAGUCAGACAGCAGUGUCCCGUUAUGUAUGUUGAAAAUAAAUAAGCGUGUGUUCUCUAGUGAAUUACAGAGGCUCGCUCGGCUUCGGACAGGAUAACGUCUUCUCCUUACCAGGACUCAUCGGCACUCAGGAUGUAAAAGACGUGCAGUUUGCGGUGGACAGUGUUUUGAAGCAAGGCGGCUUUGAUGAGCAGAAAGUGGCUGUGAUUGGAGGAUCUCACGGUGGAUUUCUGGCUUGUCAUCUGAUUGGACAAUAUCCCGGGUUUUACAAGGCGUGUGUGGCGCGAAAUCCAGUCAUCAAUCUGACAUCCAUGGUGGGGGGCACAGACAUCCCAGACUGGUGUACGGUGGAAGCUGGAUAUAAAUAUAAACCAGAUGUGUAUCUCGAACCUGCAGUUCUGGUGCAGAUGCUGAUCAAGUCACCAAUAAAACACGUUGCCAAGGUGAAGACUCCAGUGCUUCUGCUGCUGGGUGAAGAUGACAAGCGAGUCCCUAAUAAACAGGGCAUUGAAUAUUACAGAGCUCUGAAGAACCUGCAGGUCCCCGUAAGAGUGUUGUGGUACCCAGGCAAUAAUCACUCUCUGUUGAAAGUGGACGCAGAAUCAGACGGGUUUAUGAACGGCGCUCUCUGGAUCAUCCAGCAUCUUUCUCUGUGACAUCACUUCCUCUAAGCAGCGAAUAACCGUUUAAUAAUUGUUUUUAGUAAUUAACAACUGCAGAAGCAGAAACACUUGAAGAUUCUCAGAGGCUCAUGUGUUGUAAAUGGUGUAAUGCAGUUUGUUCAUCUACAUUAAAAGACAGCUGAAAUCAGAAGCGCAAA